AUGCCGGGACGUCCGUUAUGGCAGGUUGCAGGUAAACGCGAUCGUGAUCAGGAACGCGAGGCUCAACAUUGGAUCGAGACGAUGAUUGGAGACAAGUUUCCAAAAGGCCUUGUGUACGAAGACUGCUUACGCGAUGGCAUCCUCCUAUGUCGGUUAAUGAACCGCUUGUCACCCGGUAUUGUACCUAAAAUCAACACCACCGGUGGGGAUUACAAGAUGAUGGACAAUAUCAACCAGUUUCAAAAAGCCUGCAUCAAGUAUGGCGUAGCUGAUGUGGACCUUUUCCAGACAACUGACCUGUGGGAUCGUAAAAACGUCGCUCUCGUUACGACUACUAUAUUUGCUGUUGGGCGCGCGUGCUACAGACAUCCAGAAUUUAGAGGCCCAUACCUCGGCCCACGUCCAGCUGAAGAAAAUCGACGUGAAUUUACCGAGGAGCAGUUGCGUGCCGGUGAGGGAUUAAUUGGACUUCAAGCAGGAUCGAACAAGGGUGCCACACAGGCUGGUCUAAAUUUUGGUGCAACCAGAAAAAUCUUGCUUGGAAAAUAGUGUUCGACAAAAAUAACACUUACAAUUAAAGCGUUUGCUUGAGAAUAACCCUCCCAAACAUCAACCACUUUGUUUGCAUUGAAUAAUCCUAUUUGUUUGAUUUUAUAUACCGCUUUUGCCGAAAAAUACACUACAUUGACACCGGUGGCGGUAAAGCGAAUAUAAACUUACUAUAUAACAAAUUAUUUAUUUUUCUCAUCGUUCCGAUUUCCUCUAGCCUAGUUGAAUGAUUGCCAAAAUACUGUUGAAUUCACCUAAAUUAGUAAAACUCAUACAGGAGCCUACAGGUUGCAUAAUACGUAUCAGGUAUCUUUAAUGGAAACGCGAUACU